CGGCAGUACGCGCUAUCUUGCGGUGUGUUUGUUGAUUUGUUGACGAAGCGAAGAGCAAGUUCCAGCAGCGCGUUGAAACCAAGGAGUGAUAAGGAAAAUGUUGGUGUUGCGCGGGAAUUAUACGGAUGGCAUUCCAUCGGUGGAGCCCAGCGGGAACGCCAGCCCAACGGCGGGCAACGCGACGCUGGCGGCCUCCGAGGCGGAUCUGACCUUCGUGGUGCUGGCCUUUUGCUACCCGCUGCUGCUGGCGCUCUGCACCGUCGGCAACGGACUGAACCUGUUGGUGCUGCUGCUGGAGAAGAAGAAGAGCGCCGCCAACUGCUUCAUGACCGCCGUCGCCGUCGCUGACCUCACUCUCCUAUGGUCCGGUGUGUUCAUGUACAUCUGGAACACCAGCAGCGUCCUCCACACCACCUACGCCAGCGAUCUUGCCAAGCUGCAGCUGUACUACAGCGGGCGCUGCUAUUUCCUGUGGGCGCAGGAGUGGUCCAUUCAGUUCUGUGACUGGACCCUGAUUGUCUUCUCCCUGGAGCGCCUGCUAGCCGUCCUCUACCCCUUCCGCUUCCGCUGGCUGCAGGCCGCCUGGCUGUCCCGCCUGCUCAUCGUGGCGGUCUUCCUGCUGACCGGCGCAUUGACGGUCUUCAGUUUCGUCAUCGACUAUAUCCGCUGGCGCCACGACGCCUGGACCGACGACGCCCGCCUCCCGGCCUGGGUGCGCAGUUGGCGCAGCCUCCAGGGCACCGCCGAGUUGACCAUCUUCUUGUGCAAAUUCUUCGGCUUAUUCCUCAUCAACGCCAUCGUCAUCGUCGCCCUGCGCCGGCAGCAGCAGACGGAGGUGGGUCGGAUGCGGCUGGAACGCUGCAGCAGCGCCGCCCGGGAGCACCGGCAGACCACGCUGCUGCUGGUGGGCAGUGUGGGGCUGUAUUUAUUCGCCUGGUUCCCCAGUGUGGUCUACACCUGUCUGCAGCUGGCGGAGCACGUCCGCGCGGUGCGGCUGCUGUCCACGCCGGUGUGCUACGUCUUUAUGUACGUCAAUUAUUCGGCCAACUGCCUCGUCUACGCCCUGGUCAGCGCCAAGUACCGCGAGGAGCUCCGGCGGAUUCUGGCGCCGGUUAUGUGUCCGCUGUGGCUGCGGGAGCGUUUUCGGAGCGUGCAUGCUUCGUUGUCGCUGAAUCCUCGCGGGAGCGUCGGCACGGUGACGUCCAGUGUCGGCGACAAUGAGAUCCCGCUGAAAGGUGACCGGAAGUGCGUCCGCAACAAAGAGGCCAAAAGUCAGGACCGUAAUGAAACAGUCAAUUGAAAGAGCUUAUUCUUCCUAGUAGCGCACAAAUAUACCGCAUACUUAAAAAUUAAUAUUAUAUGGAUUUUAUUAAUUUUUAUACCGCACACUUUGUACUGCAUUAAGUAGCAGACGGCUGAGCAUA